AUGAUGGAAGUGGAGUCCGGUUCCUGGAAUGUUGCUGUUCUGUUUUACCAUCCUUAUCUUGAAAAGAACAUGGAAUGUUGCGACGGACACACUCUUCACAUGGCACGCCCCUUUCGCACCGACUUUUGCCGGUAUGACAACCCGCGCAAGCUCGGCGCGCGCGGUCUAGCGGCUCGGUUGUUUUGUGCUGCCUUCGAAGAUGGCGUCGAAGUGUAUCGCUAA